AUGAGGACAAUCAAGAAGGAGUUCAUAAUCGGUGUAAAGAAGCCUGUAGUUGAGUACCAUCCAGGUACACUGGUCCAUCCAGUGGUGACCAACUCCGACGCUCUGAUCCCUGCAAAUACCGAGCACAUCUACAUCACUGAGUCUCCUGGUAAGUACUGA